CCCCGCCAUUGGGGGCCGCAUGCGCGGAGGCGUCUCUGGUGUAGUACGCAGCGGCCGCGCCUGCGCGCUGCGGGCAGAGCCGGGGGCGGUGGUGCAGGCUUGAGUCGCCUAAGGUUCCAUUACAGAGAAACUGUGUCCUCAUUUCUGUAUGAAUGUUUCAAGUUUAAUUAAUUUUACUUUCUUACUGAAAGAAGUACAAAGAUCAUCACGGAGACCAUGGAUUUUGAGAAAGCAGGAAUUUUCCAUGCCCAGAGUGCCAUUACUUCAGGCAGCAGGAAAGAAGAAAUCUUUAAAUCUCCUUGAGCUAACUGAGGCAGAAUUAGAAGAACAGUUUGUAAGAGGUGAUGGCCCAGGAGGUCAAGCUACAAAUAAGACAAAUAACUGUGUUGUCUUGAAGCAUAUUCCAUCUGGGAUUGUAGUGAAGUGUCAUCAAACAAGAUCAGCAGAGCAGAACCGAAAGUUAGCCAGAGAAAUCUUGCAGGAAAAGGUUGACCUCUUCUACAAAGGUGAAGCCAGUGAUGUUUUUAAAGAGAGGAAAGCAUCAGAGAAGAAGAAGCAGGAGAAAAAAAGAAGAGCAAAGGAAAACCUAGAGAGAAAAAGGCACUUGAAAGAGAUGCAACAAUUGGAUGAGAAAUAAACAUUUGAGACACUGAUUUGCCCCAGUAGGAUAGCACACUCACUGGCUGCCACCAAGUUUUGGCCUUCAACAGUGAAGAAGAGUGCUUCAAGAACCAAAGCUGUAGUGCAUAUUUGGAAAGCACUGGAGACUACUAGCAACUGCACCCCCUUCUUACGGAGAUCAUCAACUGCAUCCAGACUGUGCCUGGAUGGAAACUCACCAGCCAUUUGCAGGCUCAUCCUCCCAUCUGUCUCUGAACUUGAGUCUCCUGUGUGAAGGUUAAAUCUUUAUCUCUUUGGAGUUCUUGUUCGUGGAGUAUGAAUCUGAUUAAAGUGACUAUACAUAGUUUUAAUACAAACUGUUAAUGAAAAUAAGCUUUAUUACGUCAAGUAAUAAAUACAUACAAAGAUGCAAAUAA